UCUUAAUAAAAUCUUCAACGCUUUAUUGCAUCUAUAAAUCCAAUUUGAAAAGACUUAGUUCUUGCAGAGAAUGACAUGGACCUCGAUAAAACGUUGUAUAUAUUUUGUUUCAGGAACGACGAGUCUCUUUGUUCGUGUUGCUGGUCGGCAGUGUUGGCGAUAACAAGGGGUUGGCGAAGGGCAUUGUUUUAUCUACCAUUAUCCUGUAUUUUGGCAUGGAAACCGUAUAGUCUAUGGUUGUCCUAUGUUGCGGCCGGACUUUUGGCAGUGCUAUCCUUGCUGCAUAUUACGUCCAGCGCUUUGGGCAUACGUGGUUCCUGCCAGAUGAGCAAUGCCACGGAUUCAGUUGGCGAGAGCCUUCUAAACACUAGGCCUGAGAAUUACGAUCGUUUUGAAGAAGUUCUGAUCGAGUGCAUCGCACAAGGUGACGGAAGUACUGGACGACGGUGUGUCUGGACCAACAGGACGAGUGGGAGACAGCGACGGAGAAAUAUGACACGAACGUCAGCCCUCAUGGGCGAGCGAAUCAGAUGAGGAUAGUGAACCGGAACAAAGGACAUGUCAAAUAGCUACGCUAUCUUAGUCGUUGAUAGCAGACAGAAA